AUGACCGACAGCAACAACCCCCCCUCCAAGAACAACAUGACUGGAACCAUUGUCCCGACUCCCGGAAUCCCCGACCUCCGCAUCCGCAUCAUUGGCGCUGGAAUGGGCGGCAUGGGCACCGCGCUUGCCCUCGCUCAGCAGGGCUUCAAGGACAUUGCCGUCUACGAGCAGGCCCCCGCUCUCGGCGAGGUCGGUGCCGGCAUCAACAUUCCUCCCAACCUUGCCCGCGUUCUUGACGGCUGGGGUGUUCUCGACAUUUGCAACGGCGAGGGUGUCGUGAUUGAGAAGGCCAACGUUCUCGACUGUGCUACCGACGAGAUUCUCACCUCGGUUUCGUACGAGGACUACAUGGAGCAGACCUACGGCUAUCCCUUUGUCACUGUUCACCGCGCCGGUCUGCAGCGCUGCCUCGUCGAGGGAGCCAAGCGCUCUGGCGUUGUCAAGACGCACCUUGGCUCGCACAUUACCCAGUACGACUUUGACAACACGCGCUUCCAGGUUGUCAACCCCGAGACCAAGCAGCCCGAGUGGGUCGAGGCCGACGUGAUCAUUGCCGCCGACGGCGUCAAGAGCAAGGCGCGCGAGGCCAUGCUCACCCGCACGGGUAUCAAGGACGAGGUCGAGGACACUGGCCAGGCCGCUUACCGUAUCAUGGUCCGCCGUUCCGCCAUCAAGGAGGACCCCGAGCUUCUCCCCUUCUUCACUGGCAGCCAGUCGUACCGCUGGAUUGGCGAGAAGCGCCACAUCAUCGCCUACCCGAUCGAGAGCCACGACCUGUUCAACAUGUCGACGACACAGCCCGACCGCAACUUUGUCCAGGCCGACACUUGGACCGCUGCCGGAAGCAAGGAGGAGAUGCUCCAGACGUUCCACGACUUCUGCCCGCGCGUUCAGAAGCUCCUCCAGCUCGUCCCCGAGGGAGAGGUCCUCGAGUGGAAGCUCCGUGUCCACAAGCCCCUCCGCAAUGCCGCCCUCGUCGGUGACGCCUGCCACCCCACCCUCCCCCACAUUGCCCAGGGCGCCGCCCAGGCCAUCGAGGACGCUGCCUGUCUCGGUGUCAUUCUGUCCAAGAUCAAGGACAAGAAGGACAUUCACUCUGCCCUCGAGGUUUACCAGGAGAUUCGCAAGCCGCGCACCGACUGGGCCGUCCUCACCGCUGCCGAGAACUCGAAGGGUCUCCACACCAAUGACAAGGACGCCCGUAACGCUGCCUUUGCCUCCUCUGCGCCCGGCUCCAACCCGGACAAGAUGAUCUCAAGAGACGUCCACGACAAGCUCUUCAUGUACGACAUUGUCAAGGAGACGGAGAAGCAGUUUGAGGACCUCUUCUCCAAGAGGAGCGUCGCGACCACUGGCAAGAGCGCCUGA